AUUUUCAUAGAUAAUGUGGGAAGGCGUUGUAGAAGAAAGCUCAGAGACAGAGUCUGAGUAUUUAAACUAGGCUUCCGAUAUUACAUUCUGCUGAAACUAAGUUAAACAGCCUAUUUCUUUUCACUUAGUGUUAUUCCUACUACGAGUAGAGUGCUAUAUAUUUUAUGUAAAAGGUUCACAAAAGGCAUAAAACUGGUGUUCGAUAAGUCACUUGGCAAUAUGCCUGCCGUCAGGGGAGAUGGUAUGCGAGGACUCGCAGUCUUUAUAUCAGACAUAAGAAACUGUAAAAGCAAAGAAGCAGAAAUAAAAAGAAUAAAUAAGGAGCUAGCUAAUAUAAGAAGCAAAUUCAAGGGCGAUAAAACCCUAGAUGGAUACCAGAAGAAGAAGUACGUAUGCAAACUUCUGUUUAUAUUCUUACUUGGGCAUGAUAUUGAUUUCGGUCAUAUGGAAGCAGUAAAUUUGCUGUCCUCAAAUAAGUAUUCUGAAAAGCAAAUAGGAUACCUGUUCAUUUCUGUCUUGGUCAACACUAAUAGUGAUCUCAUCAAACUCAUUAUUCAAAGUAUAAAGAAUGAUUUACAGUCUCGAAAUCCUAUUCAUGUUAAUCUUGCACUCCAGUGUAUUGCAAAUAUUGGUAGUAAAGAGAUGGCUGAGGCUUUUGCUACUGAGAUACCUAAAUUGCUUGUCUCUGGUGAUACCAUGGAUGUAGUAAAACAAUCAGCUGCACUUUGCCUUCUUAGACUGUUUCGUAAGUCACCAGAAAUAAUACCAGGGGGCGAGUGGACAUCUAGAAUCAUACAUCUAUUAAAUGAUCCACAUAUGGGAGUUGUUACUGCUGCUACUUCUUUAAUAGACGCACUAGUGAAGAAAAAUCCUGAUGAGUACAAAGGUUGUGUCACAUUGGCUGUGGCAAGACUGAGUAGAAUUGUAACUGCUAGUUACACAGAUCUCCAAGAUUAUACAUACUAUUUUGUUCCUGCACCUUGGUUGUCUGUAAAACUUCUGCGUCUUCUACAAAAUUAUACACCUCCAUCUGAAGAACCUGGAGUGAGAGGGAGAUUAUCGGAAUGUUUGGAGACCAUUUUUAACAAAGCUCAGGAACCUCCAAAAUCUAAGAAAGUUCAACAUUCAAAUGCUAAAAAUGCAGUUCUCUUUGAAGCUAUAAGUCUAAUAAUACAUAAUGACAGUGAGCCUAAUUUAUUAGUUCGUGCUUGUAAUCAGCUUGGGCAAUUUUUAAGUAACCGAGAAACAAAUCUACGUUAUUUAGCUCUUGAAUCUAUGUGCCAUCUGGCUACUUCAGAAUUCUCUCAUGAAGCUGUAAAAAAACAUCAAGAAGUUGUUAUUCUUUCAAUGAAAAUGGAGAAAGAUGUAUCUGUACGACAGCAAGCUGUUGACCUACUCUAUGCAAUGUGUGAUAAAACCAAUGCUGAAGAAAUAGUGCAAGAAAUGUUAGCUUAUCUUGAAACAGCUGAUUAUUCAAUAAGGGAGGAAAUGGUCUUGAAGGUUGCUAUUCUAGCUGAAAAAUAUGCAACAGACUUUACUUGGUAUGUGGAUGUGAUACUUAAUCUUAUUAGAAUAGCAGGAGAUUAUGUAUCUGAGGAAGUAUGGUACAGAGUUAUUCAGAUCGUAAUUAAUAGGGAGGAAGUACAAGCAUACGCAGCAAAAACAGUUUUUGAGGCUUUACAAGCCCCAACCUGCCAUGAGAAUAUGGUUAAAGUGGGAGGGUAUAUUUUGGGUGAAUUUGGGAAUUUAAUUGCUGGUGAUACUAGAUCAUCACCUCAGGUUCAAUUUGAACUCCUGCAUUCUAAGUAUCAUUUGUGCUCAGCUGCUACAAGAGCAUUACUACUUUCCACUUACAUAAAACUUGUAAACCUGUUCCCAGAAAUAAAAUCAAGAGUUCAAGAAGUAUUUAGAGCAGAUUCUAAUCUACGCUCGGCAGAUGUGGAGCUGCAACAGAGAGCAUCUGAAUAUUUGCAUUUGAGUAUUGUUGCUAGUUCUGAUGUAUUAGCAACAGUACUAGAAGAAAUGCCAGCAUUCCCAGAAAGAGAAUCUUCAAUUUUGGCAGUUUUGAAAAAGAAAAAACCAGGGCGCAUUCCAGAUGAUGUCAGAGAAUCAAAGAGUCCUCAACCUACUGCUACCCCAGCACCUGUUGUUAAUAAUUCUGCUAAUUCAGUGAAUUCCAGUGCUGAUCUUUUAGGGUUAGCCACUCCUCCUGGAACUACAACAGCCACUACAGGGAAUGGCUUACUGGAUGUUCUUGGAGAUUUAUACACAGCUCCUAAAAUAAGCCCUUCAACAGUUCAACAAAAUAACAUCAAAAAGUUUUUGUUCAAAAAUAAUGGAGUUCUAUUUGAAAAUGACCUCAUUCAAAUUGGAGUAAAGAGUGAAUUUAGACAGAAUCUUGGAAGAAUUGGCCUGUUUUAUGGGAAUAAAACACAAUUUGCUAUUCAGAAUGUACACCCAGAAUUAAUUUGGACAGAUUUGCAUAAACUAAAUGUGCAAAUGAAGCCAAUGGAACCGAUUUUGGAAGCAGGGGCUCAAAUCCAGCAAAUGUUGACUGCUGAAUGCAUCGAAGAUUUUGCUGAUGCACCAAGCAUGUCUGUGUCUUUUGUUUACAAUAAUGUUCCUCAAAAAAUAACAAUGAAACUUCCUCUUACAUUAAAUAAAUUUUUUGAGCCCACUGAAAUGAAUGGUGAAUCCUUUUUUGCUAGAUGGAAAAAUUUGGGUGGUGAACAACAAAGAGCACAAAAAAUUUUUAAGGCACAAGGUUCUAUUGAUUUAGCUGCAACCCGUACAAAAUUAUCUGGUUUUGGAAUGCAGCUUUUAGAUGGUAUUGAUCCUAACCCUGAUAACUUUGUUUGUGCUGGAAUAGUCCAUACCAGGCUUCAACAAGUAGGCUGUCUCAUGAGAUUAGAACCAAAUAAACAAGCUCAAAUGUUUAGACUCACUGUAAGAUCAAGUAAAGAAACAGUUUCUCAAGAAAUUUGUAAUCUUUUGGCAGAUCAGUUCUAAAACACAGGCUAAUUAUUAUGAAUCUAUUUUAUGUAAUCAAAUUGAAAUGCCAUUAGAGAUUACAUAAUAAAUGUCUUUCUUAAUACUGAAAGUGUUUUAUAAAAAUAACAUAGAAUGGUUCAUUAAUUGACCAUUAUUUUCAUAGAUAAUAUGCAUGCUUGGUUAAAUUUCAGUAAUUAUUAGGUAGAAAUUUAUGUAAAUUUUUAGUUUAUAAUUUUUUAAUGAUUCAUACAUAAAGUACAUAAAAGACAAAAUAAUAUAUUCAAGUUUAUUUCUAUGUAGAUAAAUUGUAAAUUUAUGUAAGUCAUUAAAAUGAUCUUAAUAUUAUUUAAUAACUUAUAAAUUUGUUAUUUAUAUCAAUUUUGGUUACUGAUAAACAACUGUGGAUGUAUUAUUGUUUAUUCAUAACAUUUUUAAGUAAAGCGUUCAAGCUACACACCACAUAGAUAAGCUUUUUUUUAAAUUAAAAGUAAUCUUAAGAGUGUAUUAUGUUUAUAAAAAAUUCAAUGUUAAUCAUAUCUAUAAGUGUAACAUUUGGUGUAUAUUUCAUGUUAAAUUAUAUAUUCAAAAAACUGGAACUUUGCUGUUUAUUCUAUAGCUAUAAUAUUAUGCAAUGUAAUAAGAUUUAUUGUUAUGUAGGUGCAGACAACCAAAGUAAAUGGCAAUGAGAUGACACUGUACUCCUUCGACCAUUUUUGUAAUAGUCAAAUUUAUCUUGUAACAAUUUAUAUAAAAAUUUAAAAUGUUAAUUAAUUGUUUGUUUAUUAUGUCAAUAACUAGUAUAUUGUAAACAUUGUACUUUGUAAUGACAAACUAUUUUCUAAAACAAGCUCUUUUUAGGAUUUUGAAUUGUUACAAGUUAUUGCUUUCAUAUCAUGUAUCAUGGCAAUAACAUUAUGGUUAUGUUAUUGAUUAAAGUAAUAUCAUAUUGAAAGUGUCAAUGUAAGAGCACAGGUAGUAAAUUCUUGUAUUGGAUAAAUGUAUAGUGUAUCCGCCUAAUAAAAAUAUACUUACAAAUCAAUAAUACACUGAUGCACAUAUUGUCUUUGCCCAAAUUAUUUUCAUGUUUCAAAAAUCUUGUUGAAAUCAAGUGUUGUUAAAUAACUACUCAGUUCUUUUCAUACUUAACAGCAUCCAUUUUUCAAAUGUUCUAAAAAAGAUUUAUGUAUAUUCUUAUUUGCUGUAAGGUGUUCUUUAAUUAAUUUGAAUAAUAACUAACUUUUAAACUUGUUUAAGAGGUAUUAAAAUCGCUCAAAAUAAAUUCACAUACAAUGCUUGUACAUAAUAUUAAGAAAAUAAUGCUGGUUCGUAAUUGCUUAUAAUAAUAUUUUUGGAAGUUACUGAAUUCAAUGACAUCUACUGUUAACUGAUUUAUUGCGGCUGUUUCUUAUAUGUAUAGUUGUAAUGAGAUUUUCACAAUACUGUUAAUUAUGAUUUCAUGAGAGAAUUAAUCAUUGUUGUUAUGCAUUCCUAAGCACUUGCUUACUGCUAGAUAUUCCUUGAUUAUGUAUAUAUUUAUGAAAUUGUAAAUGUGAAAUAAUUUUAGGACCAUGGUAUUACAUGGACAUAUGUCAUACAUCUGAUGAGUGGAUAUAAAAUUUGUUAAACAUGUAAGUUCUGAGUUUAUCGAAUCUCAUGUAGGGGUUUUUAUUAUCAAGUACCAUAUUAUUACAACAAUAUAGAUUAGGACAUUUGGUAGUUUUAUCGCAUAUUGAAUGUUGUUAUUCUACACUAGUGUAGGUAUGCUGGACUUUCAGUUGCAUGAUAGAUUUGUAAGGUAUUAGAAAAAUGUUUAAAACUGAGUUUAAUCCUACAUUUAAUAUAUAUGUAUAUUACGAAAUGGUUAAUAUAAUAUUAUAAAAGCUUUCAGGUACAUAACUAGAUGUAUUGUGUGAUUUAUGUGUACAAUUUGCAUGAGAUAUUGAGAUAGUCUCAAAUAUGGAUUUAUAGUUGUUUCCCUUGUGCUUCAAAUCAUAUAAUAACUAUUGUCUUAAUAAAAAAUAUUUAAUCAAAUACA